GAGUCACGUCGGGAGCGGUGACAUAGGUUGGGUGACUGGCUGACUGCCGCGCGAAAAGAGAGGGAGAGAGAGCUAGCGUGGACUGAACGGAGGGCGCAGCAAGGACGAGCCCCGCUCGCGCGGGGAUGGCCACAGCGAGAGCCGUUGCCGCAGCGGCGGCGGCGCUGGCGGCCGUGGUGCUGGUGGCGCUCCUGGCGCCGGCCGUGCGUGGGGUCGACCGCAGCGAGUUCCCGCCAGGGUUCCUCUUCGGCGCCGCGACGUCGGCGUACCAGAUUGAAGGCGCGUACCUGGAGGACGGCAAGGGUCUCUGCAACUGGGAUGUGUUCACCCACACACACAGUGGAGGGGUGAUGGACGGACGCACGGGAGACGUAGCCGACGACCACUACCAUCGCUACGUGGGAGAUCUGGAGAUCCUGCAGUCGCUGGGAGUCAACGCCUACAGAUUCUCCAUCUCAUGGGCGAGGGUUCUACCAAGAGGCCGGGUUGGUGGCGUCAAUGCAGGCGGGGUAGCUUUCUACAACCGCCUGAUCGAUGCGCUCCUGCAGAAAGGAAUACAGCCAUUCGUCACUCUGAACCAUUUCGACAUGCCGCGCGAGCUGGAGGUCCGGUACGGUGGCUGGCUGGACGCUGGGAUCCGGGAGGAGUACGAGCACUACGCGGACGUCUGCUUCGGGGCGUUCGGCGACCGGGUGCGGCUCUGGACGACCUUCAACGAGCCCAACCUGCUGGUCAAGUUCCAGUACAUGCUGGGCGCGUACCCGCCCAGCCGCUGCUCCCCGCCGUUCGGCAGCUGCGGGAGCGGCGACUCGCGCCGGGAGCCGUACGCCGCGGCGCACAACAUCAUCAUGUCCCACGCCGCCGCCGUCCGCGCCUACAGGGAGAAGUACCAGGCGACGCAGGGCGGCUCCGUCGGGAUCGUGGCCGCCAUGAAAUGGUACGAGCCGCUGACGAACUCCACGGACGACAUCCUGGCCGCGCGGCGCGCGCAGGCUUUCGAGACGGACUGGUUUCUGGAGCCGAUAUUCUUGGGCGAUUACCCCGGAGCGAUGCGGGAGAUCCUGGGAUCGGACCUGCCGACCUUCACCGCGGAGGAGAAGGCGCUGCUGCUGCGGUACAAGGCGGACUUCAUCGGGCUGAACCACUACACGGCGAUCUACGCCAGGGACUGCCUGCGCUCCCCGUGCAACCUCGGGUCGUACGAAGGGAACGCCUUCGUCUCGGCGACCGGGGAAAGGGACGACGGGGUCAAGAUCGGGGGAGAUACUGCGCUGGCAGGUUUCUUCGACGUCCCAGAGGCCAUAGAGCUGGCUAUCCAGUACGUGAACGGGAGGUACAAGGGCACGCCUGUGUAUAUUACUGAGAACGGUUACUCGCAGUGGAGUGAUGCCAGCAGGGAGGAGCUGAUCGACGAUGUGAGGAGGAAGAACUACCUGCAGGGCUACAUCACGUAUCUAUCCAAAGCAGUCAGGCAAUUUUAUAUGUGCGUGCAGGAACGGAGCAAACGUGCGGGGCUACUUCGUGUGGACGCUGCUGGACAACUUCGAGUGGGCGUUCGGUUACAGGUUGAAGUACGGGCUGUACCACGUCGACUUCGACACCCAGGAGAGGACGCCCCGGAUGUCUGCGAGGUGGUACCAGGGCUUCCUCACGGCCCGCACCAGCCAGCGCGACGAAGCAGCGCAGGCACGGAGAGCAGACUCGUGAUGAACCACUCCCAUUUCCACCGAUAUAUAUCAUCGAACGCAUUGCUAGACAGCCGAGGGUCUCAUAACUCGUGCUCAUUUCCGUCCUCGCCAUAUAUUGGAAUAACUGUGGCUGUGGUGUCCUAAUGUCUGUAUAUGCAUAUAUAUCAUAUAUGUUGACCUCAAAAGAGGUUUAGAUCACACACUAUAGCACACCUGAGGUCGAUACAUAGUAUUGAACACAGCGAGAAAUCUAGAGACCUGUGAUAGAAUAGUUUAAAUUGCAUGCAACAACCAGUUCAAUUCAAAAGUUUAAGCUCAUAGAAA